AUGGCUGACCACGGAGACCCGAUGGGCGACCGCCUGCGGCAGCUCUACGAGCUGUUUCUGCAGCGGCGGCGUGCAUGGAAGGAUGAACGGUCACGAGUCAGACAGAUGGGGACUGUGGUUGCCUACUUGAACCUGAGCUAUGCGCUGCAAAUGCUUGCAGCCAACUUGCCCGUGGAAGACGCACGAGUCCGACAGAUGGCGAUUGUGCUUGCCCAAUUGAACCAAAGCUAUGUGCGCAAAAGGCACGAAGCUUGCAGGGAGGCCACGCGUCUGCUAGAGUUGGAAAUGGUUCUUGCUGAACACAAUCACGCCUACGCCCAGAGCAGGCGUGAGGAGGAAACAGGGACUGCCGCUGGACCCGAGGGUGACAACCCCGGAGUUGCCAAUGCUGCAGGAGCUUCCGAUGGUAACCACGGAUUUACGGUAUUCACCACUUUAGACGACCUUACGUUUGACCGGCUGCCCUCUUUGGCCUCAUCACUGGGAGUUGCCAAUGCCAAUGGAGUUGCCGAUGGCAACCACGGAGUUGCCAAUGCCCCGGAAGAUGAUGCCAAUGACAACCCUGGCGUCCCGAACGCCCCUGAUUGCAGGGACGGCCAGGCCUAA